CUCAAUAAUAGUAGCAUGGGCUUGAAAACCCUGGGAGAAAAGUUCCAACAAGGGUACUGCGUCGUUUCACUUGAGACAGCAGUAUAUAUUCGCCGGGGCUUUAGGGUUUCGUCUACAGCAGAGAAGAAGAAGGAAGCGGCGACCUCAGACAGAUUCACAACCAUGGUUCUCAAAACAGAGCUGUGCCGUUUUAGUGGUGCCAAGAUAUACCCUGGAAAGGGCAUCAGGUUUAUUCGCUCAGAUUCCCAGGUUUUCCUCUUUGCUAACUCAAAAUGCAAGAGGUAUUUCCACAACCGCCUGAGGCCUGCAAAGCUUACUUGGACUGCUAUGUACCGGAAACAACAUAAGAAGGAUAUUGCUGCUGAAGCUGUGAAGAAGAGGCGCAGAACCACCAAGAAGCCAUACUCAAGGUCCAUUGUUGGUGCCACUUUGGAAGUUAUUCAGAAGAGAAGAGCUGAGAAGCCCGAAGUCCGUGACGCAGCACGUGAAGCUGCCUUACGUGAAAUCAAGGAGAGAAUCAAGAAAACCAAGGAUGAGAAGAAAGCUAAGAAGGCAGAGACGAUGUCCAAGCAGAAGACUAGCAAGGGUAGUCAACCCAAGGGUGCUAUGCCUAAGGGUCCGAAGAUUGGAGGUGGUGGCGGCAAGCGUUAAAUUUCUUUCUCAUCUCAUCUCAUCUCAUCUCACUUUUUGUCGUAACUUCUCUAUCAAGCUUAUUGGAAUGGAUAUCCAUCUAUUCCAUUAGUUUUUUGUACUGAAUCGGUGCUAUUGUUUUUUGUUCUUAAGCAUUAGCCUGUAAGGCUGUUAGACAUGGGUUUUUAUCUUUAUAGAAAUAGCUUGUGUUCUCUGAUAUUUACAAUCAAUCCCUUGAGCAGUUCUUGAGUC